AUGCCACACGCUCUCGGCAGGCCAUCGUUUAUGGCUAAUGACGCCGGACCUAUGAUAUCAUCAAGCCGGACCCAGUUUGACGUGCCUAACUACAACAGACAUUCAUACGAAAAAGUCAAUGUGAACAAUAGACCUGCAGCAUGUUUACCAACAAAGAAUAUCAUUUAUGGAAAUGGACUGCAUAGAUACUCAGAUGUCGUUAUGAACGAAACUGAUGGAAAAUUAGCGACGGGAGGCGAAAUGAUUCACGAUCUAAGUCUUAAUACAAUAGCCAAUAAAAAACCCAGUCAAAAAAGUACUACAGACUGGUCUUCUUCUAAUGGCAGCACCUUCUCAGGACAUGAAACUUUUUCUGUAGGUGUCGAGAAUGAAAGGAAGGCUCUCCAGAAUGGCUCAUCCCAAAAUUCCUACACAGAAAAAAAUUCUAUUACCUCAGCAGCUAGUCUUGCUCUCAAUACAUCAGUCGAUAGAUGGCCAUUAACUAAUCUCCACUACGAAGCUUCAAGGACAAACUCUCUGCCCACUCCAAUAUCCAUGGACCUGCAAAAUGCCAGCUCUGAAGGCUUCACAUCAAUACCUACACCUUCAAGCUCGUCGCACAUCGCUUCUCAAUCAGUUCCCGAUACUUCAUCACAGUUUCCGUGCGAAAGCAGCGGCUCACCAACGCACAUAUCGAACUCAAUCCUUCCUAGCUCAACCCUCCCGCCUCAUCUUUGCCCACCUCCGUUGAAACUUCGAGAUACUCUUCAAGUACCUAAAGUGGGACACAAUCGUACUGCAGAAGAAGAUGGUGUCUGUAAUUCUGGCAGAUAUUCACCCACCACUGCAAAUCAUAACUCAAGGCGAGGCUCUUUGGCUACAAACCCAAGAAAUACGCAAUCAGUAUGUUCAAAUAUUCCGCAUGAAGAGAUCUUACCAGAUGACGAUGCCUUGAUUUGGGCUGAAGCUGUCCGUCAAAAAAGAGCCAGUAAACGAAGGAAGAGGGAUGAGGAUGAUGAUGAUCGCGUCAUUGUCGGUACAAAAGUGGACCAGAACCAUGUGAAUUGGGUGACAGCCUACAAUAUGUUGACAGGAAUUCGUUUUACUGUGUCAAGAACUAAUGCAAAGAUUGAUAGACCCUUGACUAAUGCCGAUUUUGAGGCACGUCACAAGUUCUCAUUCGAUAUUACUGGUAAUGAAUUGACCCCUUCAGCCAAAUAUGAUUUCAAGUUUAAGGACUAUGCGCCCUGGGUUUUUCGAUAUCUAAGAGCUAAAUUCAAGCUUGAUCCAGCAGAUUAUCUUGUUUCUUUAACGAGCAAAUAUAUAUUAUCUGAGCUUGGCUCACCAGGAAAGAGCGGUAGUUUUUUCUACUUCUCUCGGGACUACAAAUAUAUCAUCAAAACAAUUCAUCAUUCUGAACACAAAUUUCUCCGUAAAAUACUUAAAGAGUAUUAUGCACACGUGCAGGAAAACCCCAACACCCUUUUAUCCCAGUUCUAUGGGCUACAUCGAGUUAAGAUGCCAUACGGAAGAAAGAUACAUUUCGUCGUUAUGAAUAACCUCUUCCCUCCACAUCGGGAUAUUCAUCAUACGUUUGAUCUCAAGGGGUCCACAAUUGGUCGUGAUUUCAGAGAAGAGGAUCUUGCUAAAAACCCUAGAGCUACCCUUAAAGACCUAAACUGGCUACGGCGGGAUUUACAUCUAGAGUUUGGUCCUGAAAAGAAACGAUUAUUCUUCGAACAAAUGGAAAAAGAUGUGCAGUUACUACAACGACUUGGUAUCAUGGAUUAUAGUAUGCUGGUGGGAAUACAUAAUCUGCAGAUAGGGAAUCAAGAGAACCUAAGGGACAAGACUCUUCAAGUUUUUCAGCCUGGUGGUGAUACUACAUCCGAAGAAAUUGAGCGAGGUAAUGAAAAUCGAGGUUCGCUUUUAAGAACCCCAAGCAAGUUAGAGAAUGCUAGAAAAGCAAGAGAGCUUCGUCAAAUCAUAAAGCAAGAAAAGCCUAUACCAAUGGGAGAGAGUAGUUCACGGAUGCCUGAUACUCUGGAAGAAAAUACCGCAAAAAAAGAACUACUCUUCUAUGGCGACGAUGGGGGUUUCCAGGCUACUCAUGAAGAUAACUCACCCGGGGAGCAAAUUUUUUUCUUAUCAAUCAUUGAUUGUUUAACGCAUUACGGUACCAUUAAAAAACUUGAGCAUUUUUGGAAAGGCCUUAAGCACGACAAGCGAUUAAUUUCCCCUGUCUCACCUGAUCCUUAUGCUGAGAGAUUUAUUGAUUUUAUCGAAACUAUAACCAAAAGUCCCGAGGAGGCAAGGCGAGAUAACAUCGUCGAUGCUUCUAUCCAUACCUCUGUGAACAUUAAUCCUACGGUCUCCCCUGAAAUUAAUCAAAGGAUAUCUAUUGAUGAGAUGCAACAGCAAGAAAGUUUUAAAGAAUCAGCAAGCCAGAAAAAUAGUUAUGGCGCUAUUCGGGAAGAAUAUCAUCAAAGAGGCGAAAUCCAAAUGCAUGAGAUUCGGAACAUGACAAAUAAUCGGAGUCUUAGCACUGAUCGUAACGGAGGAUUACAGGGUCCUACAUUACCAGUCGUCCGAGAACUAGGAGAAAGCAGUAACGCUUCGGCCGGACCUAAUAUAUGUGACAAUGAAAGUAGGCCAGCCACUCCGCCUAAAGAUCCUGUGGAAUAUAAUUAUCACACUUCCAUUAAAAAAUCAGCGCAUAUCUCACACGGAAAGAGACCUCUAAGUACCUGCAGCUUAGACAAAAAGUUGCCACCUUUACCCACGCAGGUGGGCUAG